UGGAAGCAAUCAGGUUAAUUCCAGGUCAUGAGAUGUAAACAGGCACAGUCUGCAAAUCCAGAAAUUCCCAGAAAAUGAAACUAACAUUGUGAAGGUGUUUUCAUCUCGCAGUUCAAGAAGCAUAUACCUUGUAAAGACAGAAAAAUGGAAUUUAUGACAGUAAUUUUACUGGCGUUUAUUUGUACCUUUGAUCUUGUGGUGAGCCAGCCAGUGAUAGAUCUCACCAGUCCCCUACAACACCAUGCCAACGUGGGAAGCACAAUUCGUAUGGAAUGUAAAGUUAAGAAUGUCGGCUCAUCAACGGUGACUUGGAAGUUUCUGAAACAUGAUGUCCUAAUCUCUUCUGGUUAUGAAGUUUUCCCUGAACAGGGCGUUGAGGCACGCUUCAGUAUCCAGCAUCCAGCAGAUUCUGGCCAGUAUAGUUUCUAUACACUGGUGAUAACCGGCCUUCAGGAAGAGGACCAGGGACAUUAUAAGUGUGCCGUUACAGGAACUGAUGUCUCAUCUGUCCACUCCCUCAAUAUCACAGAGGCACCACCACCCCCGACUGUGCCAGAUGUGAGCCAGAACUUCAACUUUACAGACUGUUGUGUGGCUGAGAAAGUAUCCAGUUCCUGUAUGCCUGCUUGUAACCCAUACUCUGUUGAUAUUAGUUUUGAUGCUUCUACUGCGUGUGAUACAGAUCUAUUGAAAAUCCUCAAGUGUGCCUCAGAGGGUAAGAACCAUGCUGGUUGCUGCAAAAGAAGACUGGUACCUAACAAGUGCUUAGAUUUGUGCCUUGGAAAAGUCCCACCUAAUAUUGAUGACUCUUACCUCUCGUGUCUCAGCCAUGUCAUGGACAUUUUUGCAUGUGUGGAGCAAGGCAGAGACCUUUUGCCGAGCCCUCCAGUUUCUGUGUCAGCAGUGGCCACCUCACAAUUCGACUCCAUACUCGUUACAUGGCAGAAACCAUUAGAAAACGGCGAUAUAGUCACGUUCUAUAGAAUCCAUUACAAAGUCAGCGGAAGUAAUACUGAAUAUUAUAGUACACCACUGAUCGACAAACAUGACACACUGUUCUCUGUAUCAAACCUGCUGAAGAACACCGAAUAUGUGAUGUAUGUGAAUGCCAUCACUGACCAUGGGUCGAGUCAGCCUUCGGAAUUUGUCUACGCGACCACUAGGGAUGCGACAUCAGCUCUGACUAAGAAUGAAACAAUAUAUGAGUGCUGUGGCAGGCGUGCUGUACACCCUGAGUGUCAGAAGUUACUGUGUAAAGCUGACGUGAUGAGCCAGCUGAAUCCUGAAGUAGUUAUGGGCAACUGUAGUGACGACUUCAACAACAUACUGGCAUGUUAUGCAGGUGAACGGGACCAGUCAGCCUGCUGUGGAAGAAUGCAUGUACCAGAACAUUGCUUCAGCUUCUGUGGGGGAAGUGAUAUUGUCUUCUCCUGGAAUAUCACUCAGUGUAUUAUGAGGAUGGCAGUUAUAGAUGGCUGUAUCGAGGAGGGCAGAGAUAUUAUCCCAAGAGCCCCCACGCAAUUCAAACUUGUCAAGUUGGAGUGGAACACUGCUGAAUUUUCCUGGGAAAAGGCUGGCACUGCUGUUACGACCUCAUACGAUCUCUUCUAUCGGCCGAUAUUCCCACCAGGCGGGACAUAUCAGAAGCUGAUUAUAUCGGGUAAUACUGAGGUAGUGGUUAGUGGCCUGCAGGGUCUGACACAGUAUGAGGCAUUUGUGGUGGCCAAGAAUGCCAACUACACAAGUCUGCCAACAUCGCCUAUAGGAUUUCUUACCUAUGCCAAGCCUGUCUCUCCACCAGUACCAACACCAUCGACCACACCAGAUCUCUUCUAUAAUUUCACUGCUUGUUGUGCAGCUAAAAAAAUGCCAGCCAAGUGUUUACCACUUUGUGACUAUGAACACUAUAAAGGGACCAUCAAUUUUGCGCUUGCUCUAGAAUGUGGCGAUUACAUCCUCCCACUUCUCAUCUGUGGCUCAGAUGGACGUAACCAUGAAAGUUGUUGUAAGACAAGGGGCGUCCUGGACAAGUGUAUUCCUCUGUGUAGUGUGACCAGUUACGACAACGUACCUAACGAAAUCCACCAGAAUCCGAUCAUGUGUGCAGGAUACACCCUACCCAUAGCACAAUGCUACACAGAAGGGAAUAGGUCUGUAACAUUGUCCCUCCCUAUGGCCCCAGAGAGUGUAAAGGUGAUGUUGGUCACAGCCCACUCAAUCCAGCUGAGCUGGGAUCCUCCCAGACGAGGCCCAAAUCCACAGAACUACACCGUCCUCUAUCAGAUGGAAAUGUCUGAAACAUGGAAAAUGCAAACUGCAACUAAAGUACCAUUCAAUCUAGUUGGGCUGAAGGAUGAGACUCGUUACAGUAUCAAAGUUGUCUCUGUCAAUGAGAACGGCACUAGUGUCCCCUCCUAUGUCGUCAUACAGGCGACCUUACCAUACUAUGGUAAUAAAACGUGUAAAUAUGUUCGAUUCCCCAACAAGACGAUGACAUAUGAGACUGCAGUGCCUAGGAUGGCUAGUAGUACUGAUACCAGAGAGGAGUGCGAGUCUGCCUGUAAUCGGACAGAUACAAGAGCUGCAUGUGUGGGCUACACCUAUGAUAAUACUGGCAGUGGGGAAUGUGAGAUAUUCUUGACCAACGAUGGUGCCAAACUCGAGGAGAAAACAGGCACAGAUUUGUACAGGAAAGAAUGUGGCAUUGUUGGCCCAUCCAGUAACAACACUGUGAAUGAGACUGUUACCUGGGCCAACAGAACACACUGCUGCCAGGACUCCGGUAUCAGUGACGAGUGCCAGGCGGUCUGUAUGAUGGAGGCUCCUGUCAUGUCCCCUCUUGUUUGUGAAAUGGACUUCAACAAAGUGUUGGCUUGUGUGGCAGAUGGACGUGACCACACAAGAUGCUGCAGAGCUAAUGGCGUACCAACUCCAUGCCUGGGCUACUGUCAGGGGCAAGCACUCCCACAGGACGCUGUCGGGGCCCUGUGUCUUAGCUACGUCGACUACAUUGUCACUUGUUUCAGCCAAGACUGCUGCCAGGACUCCGGUAUCAGUGACGAAUGCCAGGCGGUCUGUAUGAUGGAGGCUCCUGUCAUGUCCCCUCUUGUUUGUGAAAUGGACUUCAACAAAGUGUUGGCUUGUGUGGCAGAUGGACGUGACCACACGAGAUGCUGCAGAGCUAAUGGCGUACCAACUCCAUGCCUGGGCUACUGUCAGGGGCAAGCACUCCCACAGGACGCUGUCGGGGCCCUGUGUCUUAGCUACGUCGACUACAUUGUCACUUGUUUCAGCCAAGGACUGAUGAACCUACCAAGUCCUCCCCAACAGUUCAAGGUCAUUGAAAAACAUGCCCGGUAUAUAUUGGUGUCCUGGAGUACCCCAAAGGAAAAUUGUCCUGAUACAGAUUGUUUUUAUGUUCUCCAACACAUAAAUCAAGGAGGCACUGCAGUCAAGAUGAGAGUGACAGAAACGCUUGUCAACAUUACCAACCUCGCUCCAGAAACACAGUACACUAUCAGUGUAACGGCUUACAACAAAAACGGCAGUAGUCUGCCGGCACCUCAGAUUACCAUAACAACAUUUCCAUCUGGUUUUAUGGAUGUCAGUGUCUAUCAGAGUCCUCAGGGAGUGGUGUCUAAGGGCCAGUCUGUAAAACUGAUCUGUGAUGCCUAUGGCAGUCCGACUCCCACCUCUGUCUACUGGAUACUGAACAACCAGAGGAUCCAGAAUUCUCGCACCAUCACUGUCACUGCCAGCACGGAUUCAGAGGGCUUAUACAAGUGUACAGCAUCCGUUCCAAAUUUGGCCACUUCAACAAAGAGUUUGAACCUGAAUGUCAGGUACUCGCCUACCAUGUCCCAGAUAAAGGGAGCCAAAGUGCCAAAUGUGGACAUGGGGUAUAGUGCCACCCUUCAGUGCAGUUUUAGAGGUUUCCCCACCACCGUUAAUUGGUAUCAGGAUGAUAAAGAACUAACUUAUAGCUACAGACGUUCCUUUUACCAGCAUCCAGAUUUAGAGUCACAUGAGUUACGAGCUGAAUUGCACAUUUUGCUUGUGCGUGAUGCUGACUUGGGGAAGUACACCUGUGAGGGUUCUAAUCAAUUUGGAGCCCACAACGGAACUGUCCAAUUAAAAAAGGAGUACAGUGUUACAACCCCUCCUCCGACCAUCACACCUACUCCCGCUGUGAAUGUGUCAGAUUUUACAUUAAGUUUUUAUCAGGCAAUUGAUCUUAGGGCUAUUCCAUUUGCUGUAAGAACAGGAAACAUAACUGGGGACUGCAUGGACCUGUGUAGCUAUAGAGUGGACCUGUCCUUAGUGGUACAGGACCCUGUCAAGUACACACCCUGUAUAGCCUUCUUUGAGGACUAUGUGACAUGUGCCACAGAUGGUAAGGACCAUACCCAGUGCUGUAAGAAGAAUGGUGUGUCGACAUUCUGCCAGGACUUCUGUGGCAAUGUCGUUCCAGAUAUAGAUGAUCCCAGAAUCUACGAAUGUGUUGAUCAGGUUGAACCUAUCUUAAACUGUGUUGAAGAAGGUCUAGAGAAGAUACCCUCUCAACCAUUGAAUGUGGUGGCUCUACUGAAGGGUCAGAUUAUUGAGGUUAACUGGGACCCACCUGCUGAUAAAAAUACUAUUGAUCUCUACCAGGUGUGGUACAGAUACAAUGGCAACAUGGUCAAACAUGUAUCUGUGACCAACACUACUCACACCUGGUCACUAAAAUAUCCGGAGAUCACAGCGUACAGAUUCUGGGUCAUUGCCAAGAACAAGGCUGGUCAGAGUCUGCCAGGAUAUGCCAGGAAUCUCACCAUAAGAGGUAUUCCGCCAUCCGAGCCACUAACUGUGAAAGGAACUUUGAAGGACUACAAUGAUAUCAUGUUGACAUGGAUGCCACCACUCAAAGGGCCAGCAGAAAGUUAUACAGUCUACUAUAGCACAAAGGGAGCUUCUAAUAUGCAAACCACAACUGAAAUCAAAUUGAUACUGACGGAUCUUAACUAUGCUACCCUAUACAGCAUCCAAGUGUCGGCAAACAAUGGAUUUGGGAGAGGAAGCAACUCAACUAAAAUUCUAGUUCUAACUAAGAAUGCACCUAAGGUUACUACUGCUGGACAGAAAGGAGGGCCCAAUGCUGGCGUAGUGGUCGGUGUGAUCAUUGUCAUCUUGGUGGUUGUAGCAGCAGCAGUGCUGGGCUUCCUAUUUAUCAGGAAACGAGGAGGAUUAAAAAGUUUCUCUCGACCAGAUUCUGUGGCAUUUGAGAACCCACAGUAUGGUGUGCCGGGUGGCAGUGGACAGGUACAGAUAUCUGGAUUGCCUGAACGCAGCCCUGAUAUUGGAGAGCAGACAAACUUUGACUACUGUCCCCUGAAAGAGGAUUCGGAUAUAGACCCGUACAGCACUGCUGCCACCCUGAAUGUUGACCAAGUAGGACUAACCAUGAACCACUAGAACAGCCAGAGAAAUCCUAAGGGAGACAACUACUGGACACAAGAAACUCAUCGUCAUAUAUUUUAGAUGUCUAACAAGAACAAUGUAUUUAUCCCAAUCAGAAAAUAUUUAUACUUGGGAAAAUUGUUUCCACUUGCACAAAAUCAGAAGAAAUAAUUACAACAUUUUAAAGGGAAGAAAUGGUGCAUCUGUUAUUGUUUUGGAUUUAUAAUAAACAGUAAUAAUAGUAUUAACUAUAUAAACAAUAAUACAGUAUUAAGGAUAUAGACUGUUUUAUAAAUGUCAUGCUGACAUUACACAGUAAACUGGAAUAGUAAUAAGAACAAACUGUUGUAUAUAUACUAAUUUAGUUUCUUAAUCAAUGUAUAUCAAAACUCUCUAUAAUACUAACAUUUUGGUGUUUUAAAGAAAUAUCAAUCCGUUGAUAAAUUAAAAAUGGAAAAGGAAAUACAAUAUGUAUUCAUAUCUGUUUGGUACAAGCAAAUAAAAUGUCGAGAACAUGAUAUAUAUCUCAGGACGGAAAUGUACAAGAGCAUUAUAUUUUAACAAAUUUACAUUAAUAACUGGUGAAAUAAAAUCAGAAGUCUUGAAAAAGGUUUUGUAAAUGGAAUGGGAAAUUAAAUCUGAGACAUCAUAUAGAAGUUUUUUUCCCUAUACAUCUGUAUAUGUUGUAUUAACCUGUAUGCAAUAGUUAAGCCUACCCAUCUCAGCAUGACUUGAGUCAUAAUCACCAAGAGCACCAAUUUACCUGUCUCUACCACUACAUUUGUUUUCUGUUUUUUUUUGGUGAUUUUUAUGGAAAUAUUUGACUGUUGUUUUUAACUUACACAAUAUGACUGCAAAGAAUUUAAAUACAGUCUCUGAUCACAAAUUUUUUAUUUUAUUACAAGAGGUGAUAGGCAGUUAUACAGGUUUCUUAACUAUUAGAUGUAAUGUGAAAUAUGAUAUUAUUGUCUAGUCUCUUCAUACAGGUUCAUUUAAUUACACUCACUUACAGUGUUCUGUGAUAUUGUCUUUUAGUAGAGAACUCUGUGGUAUCGUUCAAAGUGGAAAUUACUGAGUUAUUAUGACCUGAUAAAGUUAGGUGGGUAGUGGGGUAUAUCAGGAUAUCCGUCCAUGUACUGUAUUCAUCCUGUAGUAAGCCCUGGUAGAUAGUACAGAAAAAUGAUUAAGUUCUGAUCAGCAGUAUAAAUAGGUGGGCUUAUUAUCAGGCAUGGGCUUAUUGAAGCAUAAAUAUGGUAACUAACUGUGGACAGAGGUUUAUCUAUAAUAUGCAAUACUGCUUGCCUUCUCAAAUAUUUUAUGACACAUUGUUAACAUUACUAGAACUUCAGUUCAAAUCUGUUCGUGCAAUCUAUGUUGUGAUUUGGAGGAUUUCCUUGGGAGUUAUGUCCCUUCCCUGAUAUUCUUUUGUAAAGUCUGAAAUACCCCUACUUGACUUGAUCGAUAUAAAUAUGUAUGAAACUUUGUAUAAUGAUCAGUAGCCAAGGUAGUCAUGCCCAUAUGAGUUAUUGAUAUCAAUGUGUUGUAGUUUGAUAGAAGUUAAAGCCCUUCUCUUUUAUUCAUUUUUCUGAUACAGAUUUUGUCCAAAGUUAGUCUAAGGCUUACUCUCCUUAUUACCUGGUAAUGUAAAGUUACUUAGGCAUGCAAUUUUGAAAGAAAUCUCAAAUUUUACAAAUAUUGCUCAUAAUCUGCAUUUCUUAUUUUUGGUUUUGAGAGGUACAUUUUGGUGUAUUUUUUAUUCAUAAUUAAUUCCUUACUCUAAAACAUGUGUUUUCUGUAUAAAAUACACAACACAAGAAAUAAGGAAAAUGACAUUAUGGGUUUGUUGUUAUGAAGUGCUGGUUUCUGAGAUUUAUUGGUGCAGUACAAGUUUUUGUUGGGUAUUUCUGUGUUGUUUCUUUACAAGUAUACAUAGAAAGCAAUAAAUGUUCCAGUAGGUUUGAUAUUGUUUAUGUAGGACUUAUAGAAAUUUUCUUUUCUUCUUUGUAACUAUGUAUGUUCUGGUCUAUUCUCAGGAAGCCUUUUUUUAAUACCUGUGUGUGCAUUUAACAAAAUUGUUAGUCUUAUAUAUAUUGUAUAUAAAUAAAAACAUCUUUUAUUUUCAUUCAUUUACUCAGUAUGUUGUACAUUUGUAUAUCAAUGUGUUUGGUGAAAGAUGGAA